UCAAAUAUAUCUACGGAUCAAAUUGAUUUUUUAUUACGUGGCUUUUUUUCCAUUCCAGCAGUAGAUCCAAUCCAAGAGAUCCAAGCAAGACAAGAUCAUCACCACUGAUGCCGCUGCAAAGCACCAUAACACCAUCGUCUUCUCUUCCAAAGACUCUGCCCUGUGUACGUGUACAAUAAUUUCACAGACCGAUCCAAACCAGAAGCUUCAAUGGCGUCGAGAAGAAGGGAAUAGAGACCGUUGGAUUCGCUAUUUGCAGACGCACUAGUUUAGUUCGUCGUCUAGUCUUCGUCUUCGCAUGACCAAAUCAAAUGGACGUGGAGAAAUCGUCGUUGUGCAAUUGCGUGGUGAACUUUCUUCUCGAAGAGAAUUACUUGUUAACUGCAUUCGAACUUCUUCAUGAGCUUCUCGACGAUGGUCUCGACGAUCACGCCAUUCGCCUCAAAGAGUUCUUCUCCGAUCCCUAUCAGUUCCCUCCCGAUCAGAUCUCUCGCUACAAUGCCCUCCGAGUUGCGGACCCCCAGAAUUUGCUAGAAGAAAAAGAAGCACUAGAAGAAAAAUUAGCACUGUGUGAGUAUGAGCUUCGUUUGGCCCAAGAGGACAUUCUGAAAGUGAAGGAUGACUUGCAAAGGAAAAAUGAGUUAACAGAAGAUGAAUCUCCUGGGCCCAAAGCUGAUGUGUCUGCAAAUAAUGGGCCAGAUUCUCAACAAGGAAAGAAGGAAACUUCAUUUUCUGAUUUGGGCCAUUUGAAAGACAAUGAACGUCAAAAUCUCAACUGUGCUGUGAAGGAGUAUUUGCUUUUAGCAGGAUACCGCCUUACUGUGAUGACAUUUUAUGAAGAGGUUACCAACCAGAAUCUAGAUGUCUGGGAGAACUCAUCUGCAUGUGUACCAGAUGCCUUGCGUCAUUACUAUUACCAGUACUUCUCAUCCACUGCAGAGGCUGCUGAGGAAAAAGUUGCAAUGGUUCGAGAGAAGGAGUCUUUUCUAAAAGAAAAUGAGAAGCUCAAAAACAAAAAUGCGUCUUUGCUUGAAAACAAAGAUUUGACUGAUGGUCAAGUUAUGGCGUUAACAAGAUCCUUGGAAGCUCUACACAAGGAAUUGAAGGAGAAGGAAAUUCUGGUGAAAGAUUUGAAGCAGUUUUUGGACCACCAAAGAAAAGAACUCAAUGACUGCAGAGCUGAAAUCACUUCAUUGAAAAUGCACAUUGAAGGUUGUCGAUCUGGAUGGAAUUUGGCAGCUGGUGACAUUGAACACAUGCAAUCACAAACGUUAGAAAGCUACAGAGAAGAAAUAAAAUUGCUGCAUAAGGAAAUAGAAACUUUAAAGAGUACGAAAUUUGUUGCUACAGAAUCUGUAGAAUCUAAUAAUCAUGAUACAGAGUUUACGGAGACAAAAGACAAAGUUGUUGUUUUCCAUGAAAAUAAUGCUGUAUCAUCUCCAGUUGAAAUAACAUCUGGAGUUCUAGAAACUGUGGGUGCUCAAUCACUGGCAAAUCAAACAUCUGAUGACACCAGUGAUAAACCUGAGACAGUACCAGGAGAGACAUUAUUAAGUUCUUCAAAUGAUAAUAAUGGUGCUAUUGAGAGUGCUGAGCAUGUCCCCAAAAAUGAUGGUGAACCGCUACUAGAAGAUAAUGGGCUACUUCUAAAAUCAGACAGUCGAGGUAGUGAACCAGGCCCUGAAAAGAUGGGUUUGGAAACCAUUCAGAUCCUCUCGGAUGCAUUGCCUAAAAUUGUUCCAUAUGUUCUAAUCAACCACCGUGAGGAGCUUCUUCCUCUGAUAAUGUGUGCUAUCGAGCGCCAUCCAGAGAGCAGCACACGAGAUUCCUUGACCCACACAUUGUUUAACUUAAUUAAACGUCCAGAUGGACAACAGAGACGAAUUAUAAUGGACGCCUGUGUUACACUUGCUAAGAGUGUAGGAGAAAUGAGAACAGAGACAGAAUUGCUUCCCCAGUGCUGGGAACAAAUUAAUCACAUGUAUGAGGAGCGCAGGCUUCUUGUUGCUCAAUCAUGUGGAGAGCUUGCAGAAUUUGUCCGGCCUGAGAUUCGUGAUUCUCUCAUCUUGUCUAUCAUGCAACAACUGAUAGAGGAUUCUGCAAUUGUUGUCCGUGAAGCUGCUGCUCACAAUCUGGCCUUGCUGCUUCCACUCUUCCCAAGCGUGGAUAAAUAUUUCAAGGUUGAAGAGAUGAUGUUUCAGUUGGUAUGUGAUCCAUCUGGCGUGGUUGUAGAGACAAUAAUCAAAGAAUUGGUUCCUGCUUUAAUAAAUUGGGGAAACAAAUUGGACCAUAUUUUACAAGUUUUAAUCUCUCACAUCUUAAGCUCUGCUGAGCGUUGUCCACCUCUUUCGGGGGUCGAAGGUUCUGUUGAAUCACAUCUCCGUGUUCUAGGAGAAAGAGAGCGCUGGAAUGUUGAUGUCUUAUUACAGUUGCUGGCAGAAACGCUUCCAUUUGUGCAUGAGAAAGCGAUUGAGACAUGUCCAUUUCCAAACAUUUCAGAAAAUUCAGGAACACUGUUUUCUACCUCCUGUCUUGAACAGUAUAUAGGGGGGCGUGUGGAAUGGCCUGCAUUUGAAUGGCUGCACAUUGACUGCUUUCCUGAUUUGAUUCAACUAGCCUCUCUGUUACCUCAGAAGGAAGAUAAUUUAAGACGUCGAAUCACAAAGUUUUUGUUGGCUGUAUCUGAACAUUUGGGGGAUGAUUAUCUGACAAACAUUAUGCUGCAAGUAUUCUUGGUAGCCGUUGGUGAUAAUGCUGAUUUAAAAUUUUUCCCAUCUACCAUCCAGUCAAGAAUCAGAGGAUUGAGACCAAAAACUUCUGUAACUGAGAGACUGGCUACUAUGUGUGUUCUACCACUUCUCUUGGCGGGCGUGUUAGGAUCUCCUAGCAAGAACGAAGAGUUGACAGAAUACUUGAGAAAUUUGUUAGUUCAAAGUGCAGUGGACGAGGGUCAGCCAACUAGGCGCCAUGCUGAGAUCGUUAACUCUGUCCGCUUCCUCUGUACAUUUGAAGAACAUCAUAAUAUGAUUUUUAAUGUCUUGUGGGAUAUGGUUGCAAGCUCCAACAUAAAUAUGCAAAUCAGUGCUGCCAAUCUGUUGAAAGUUAGUGUACCAAAUAUUGAUGCUAAAGUGGCCUCAACUCAUGUGUUGCCUGCUCUUGUUACUCUCGGCUCUGACCAAAACUUGAAUGUAAAGUAUGCAAGCAUUGACGCAUUUGGAGCUGUGGCACAGCAUUUUAAAAAUGAUGUGAUCAUUGAUAAAAUACGUGUUCAAAUGGAUGCUUUUCUUGAAGAUGGCUCACAUGAAGCUACAAUGGCUGUGGUCCAUGCAUUGGUGGUGGCUGUACCACAUACAACAGACAGACUUAGAGAUUAUCUAUUGUCAAAGAUUUUCCAACUCACAUGCACAUCCCUUCCUUCAAGUGAUGUGAUGCGUCGUCGUGAGAGAGCUAAUGCAUUUUGUGAAUCAAUCCGUGCUCUAGAUGCAACAGGUUUACCGGCAACUAGUGUUAAGGAUUUGCUUCUGCCAGCAAUACAGAAUUUGUUGAAAGACCAUGAUGCGCUUGAUCCAGCACAUAAAGAAGCACUUGAAAUCAUAAUGAGGGAAAGAUCAGGUGGAACUUUUGAGAGUUUUAGUAAGGUGAUGGGUUCUCAUAUUGGAAUUGCAUCAUCUGUGACCAGUUUCUUUGAAGGUGGGCUACUGGGCAAGAAGGAAACUGGAGACCCACCACCACCACCAUCACCUGAGCCAGUUGAGCCCCCAAAGCCUGUUGUGCAAUCCCCGGCUGAGGACACUACAUUUAGGCGAAUCAUGAGGGCUAGUUUCACAGACAUGCUCAGAGGAAGAACGAAGAGCAGCGAAGAACCUUCUCUGGGUCACUGAAUUUUAAACUUCUACCUCUCUUUCAAAAAUUCAUCUGGUGUAGUGGAAGCUUAUUUAUUUAUUGUUUAUAUUCUUCUAUUCCAUGUUAAGAACUUUUUCCCAUAUUCAAGAGGUUGAAAAUUUUGUAUUUGAUUGAUGAGAGUAAUAAAUUUUUUUUCUCGGCUUUCAUGGACUCUAGACAAGGAAAAGAAUGAUCAUCUUACUUCUGAAUCUUUUUUGGUUGUGUUACUCACAAAACCAAAUUAAUUUGUCCAACAUUUUGUAGCAGGUGGGGUUAUGUUGAUCGUAUGCUUUCUGGGAAUGCUGGAUUUCACGAAUGGACUUCUUCAGCUGGCACCUGAUAUUGCUGUUUAAACGACUUUCUUUGUUUCUGCGUCAUUGAAUCUGGUAGCAGCUAGGCUGGCUUCAUGGGAAAGAAAAAGCUUGAAACCCACAUGGUUGCUGAUGGAAAGAAACCCUGCCUUCUCUGAUGUUGUUCUUGCGCGAAAAGGAUAAGCAAAACAGAGAAAGCAACAAAAACAACAGCAGCAAAGACACUGUCCAAUGCCCAGAAAUCAUCGACCUUGAUGCAAUCGAAGAACUAAAUCGCGUGGCAAGCAACAAGAACAACAACAGCAGAAAAGAAACUAUCCAAUACCCAGAAAUCAUCGAUCUUGAAGAGUCUGAUGAUGCAUUGAAAGAUUGCACGUCUUCUAGGGUUUCUGACUCUGGCACUACGGUUCUGGGUAUUGAUAACGAUCAAUGUGGUGAAAAACCGGUUCCAUUCGACUUAGGUUGUCGUUUUACAGUGAAUGGCUUUCUAGGGUUGAAUGGUGAGUUAUCUUUUGUUUCUGUUUUCGACCACGAUUUGGUGGUGAUGGAGGAGGGAGCUAGCGCUUAUCUUACAGGCAAAAGUGCUGCCAUUAGAGAUGUGAAUUAUUCGACUGAUGUUAUGAAGCUGUCGUCGGAAGAUGAUAUGAUGAAUGAGUUUUGGAAGGAAAACCUCUUUGAUUUUUUUGAAGACGCAUGUUAGGCUAGUUACUCUGGUCUGUUUUUCUUUGAAAGUUGAUAAUUGUAAUUUACAAUCCAACUUGAAUAUUUUCGUAUCAUAUUUUUAUGACUUAUUCUUUAUACUA